AUGGCCGCCGACUUUUCCCAAACGGGAGACACGUCUGCGCAGGCGCGGACCCCCCUUGACCCAAGUCUCGCGAGAUCCGUGCCUGUUGUCGCUGUCCCUCCGCUUGAGAUAUAUUUCCCGGCGUGCCUCGCUUCUUCCUUUUCUUCUCUAGGCCGCCGCCUGACAAGAUGUCUCCCCCCCUCAGGGCAGGACAUCCAGCCCAAGCGGGACUUGACGCGUUUUGUGAAGUGGCCGCGCUACAUCCGGCUCCAGCGCCAGAGGGCCAUCCUCUACAAGCGGCUCAAGGUGCCCCCCGCCAUCAACCAGUUCACCCAGGCCCUGGACCGCCAGACAGCCGUCCAGCUCCUGAAGCUGGCCCACAAGUACCGGCCGGAGACUAAGCAGGAGAAGAAGAAGCGGCUGGUGGCCCGGGCUGAGCAGAAGGCAGCCGGGAAGGGGGACGUCCCCACCAAGAGGCCCCCCGUCCUCAGGGCAGGGGUCAACACGGUGACCACGCUGGUGGAGAACAAGAAAGCCCAGCUGGUGGUCAUUGCGCAUGAUGUGGACCCCAUUGAGCUGGUGGUCUUCCUGCCCGCCUUGUGCCGGAAGAUGGGGGUGCCCUACUGCAUCAUCAAGAGCAAGGCCCGGCUGGGGCGCCUCGUCCACCGCAAGACCUGCACCUGCCUGGCCUUCACCCAAGUGAACCCGGAGGACAAGGGAGCCUUGGCCAAACUGGUGGAAGCUGUCAAGACCAAUUACAACGAGAGAUACGACGAGAUCCGCCGCCAUUGGGGCGGGAAUGUCCUGGGGCCGAAGUCUGUGGCCCGCAUUGCCAAGUUGGAAAAGGCAAAAGCCAAGGAAUUGGCCACGAAGCUCGGGUAGCGGCAACUGAGGGGACUUCCGUGGUAUUUUUUUCUGUACAUACAAAUAAAAAGCCUGAACAGAAAA